UGCUGUUUGCGCCGGCCGCCUCUCCUUCAUUUGUAGCUCACUUCCUAGUCCGCUACUACUACUACUUCUACUGCGAGGUCCCCCGCGCGAAGAAAGACAAAAUCAAAAUGCUGAGCAAUGGCCCUGACUUCCCAAAAAAGAUGUCGCUAUUCCAUAUCCAACCCGAUGAUAAAUUCUUCUCCAGGCUCGUGUCCAAGGAAAACUCCUCUGCCAACCCUUCUUUCAGAGUAUACUACGGAGACUUAUCCGGUGCGGUCCCAUUCACAUGGGAGACUAGGCCUGGUACCCCGAAACACACUUCUUUUUCUGAUUCUACGUCCCUCCCUCCGCUCACUCCCCCUCCCUCCUACCAUACUAAUACUUCCCACAGCAGAAGCACUGACAAGUCCACAACGAAGCAACCGAGGUCUAAACUGGUGUUGCGCAGUUUGCUGGCGAGGAUGAUCAGUCUCAACAGGGCAGAAUAUUUGGCAUCACCACCUUCUUCAUCAUCAUCCUUGUCAUCCUUAUCAUCCUUCAGGUCCUCCUCUCACUCGUCCUCCUUUUCUGGUACAAUAACACCUUCCAGUUUCCGUGGGCGCCGGAGACGAUUUUCUAGCUGGGGUUCAUCACUGGACGACGACGGCGAAGACGACCAUUUGCAAAUGCCCAGUGGCAGUGGAUCUCCCAAGUCAACGUUUUGCUUUCCUGCAAGAAGAAGCACGAUCAGCGGUGGGAAUGAUCAAGGCGGCAAUUCAGUAGCAGUUGUGACCAGGAAGAAAAAUCUCUUGUCCAUCAUUGGCUGUGGAUCUGGCUGAUGGUCAGGAAGGGUUCGCGAAUUGCUUCUUGACGAUUUGCCCCAUUUAUUUGCUUUGAACUUCUGUUUCUGUUUGUGUUUGCUAGCUGGUGUGUUCAUUGAAGCGAACGUUUUAGACUACUAAUUAUUCAUGAUUCGUAAUGUAUUCAUGAUUAUGAAAGUUAGCCAAUAAUCGUCGCCUACUGUUCGUACUAAUGAAGCACUCCAUAUUCCCUCGUA